UGACAUGCCGGAAGUUCAAUAGUAAAAGGAGGGUGGAGCUUAGCCACAGCAAAAUGGCGACCGGAGUUGGGAAACACAAGGUGCUCUCUCUCGGGCCCACGGAGCCAUGGUCGGUCCGGGAGAAGCUGUGUUUGGCGUCUUCCGUCAUGAGAAGCGGAGACCAGAAUUGGGUAUCCGUCAGCCGAGCUAUAAAGCCAUUUUCGGAACCGGGACGACCCCCGGACUGGUUCUCUCAGAAGCACUGCGCCUCCCAGUAUUCAGAGCUCCUGGAGACUACAGAGGCCCCAAAGCGGAAGCGGGGGGAGAAGGGGGAGGUGGUGGAGACGGUGGAGGACGUGAUCGUACGCAGGCUGACGGCCGAGCGCAUCGAGGAGCUGAAGAGGCUGCUCAGAGACACGCAGGAGAAGUACAGGAAGCUGAAGAAGGAGGCGGAGCUUAUCCAGGCUGGACAUCUGGACACAAAACUGGAGGAGCUGUGGGGAGAGAUUGUGCAAAAGAAGAAACAGGAAGAGGACGAGGCAGAACAGAAGAGGAAGGCCACUGAUGCUGCGUAUCAGGUUCGGCAGGCGGUGAAGAACACCCCGAAACGGGCGACCAGCGUGGCCGUGCGCUCCCCGCUGGGCGGCGCCUCGCCCGGUUUGGAGUCGCCCGUGCCGGACCCGCCCCCGCCCCCGCCCCCGCCCCCGGUCCCGCCCACGCCCACGGCCCUGCCCACACCGGACGAACCCUGCGCCACGCCCACCCAGCCCCCGCCCCCGCCCCCAGGCCCUGCCGUUUUCAUCCCCCUGGCCGAGUCGUCGGGGCCUGCCGUGGCGGAGGCCAGCCCUAGGCCUCUCCAGGAGGACUCCCCGCAGAAGAAGCUCCUGAGCCAGAAGGCCACGCCGCCGGCCUCCCCCCUGCUGUCGGAGCUGCUGAAGAAGGGCAGCCUGCUAGCCGCUAGCCCCCGCCUGGUGGGGGAUGGGGACAUACCUGCAGGCCUGUCUAAUGGAGCCUCCGCCAUCUCUGCCGGACAGGCCACCACAGGUGCUCCCACGCUGUCUCGUCUGCUGGAGGCCAGCCCCGCCCAGUUCCCUGCCCCUCUGGGCCCAAUGGUUGCCCCUGAGCUCCCCAAUGCCCACCCCCCUCCUGCACCUGUCCCUGCAUCGGACAGCACCACCUCGCUCAGCACAGGGGAAGACCCAGGCAUUAGUGCGGAGGCCGUGGUGAGCCCUUCUGCAGCGGAGGCGAAGGCUGCGGAGUUGGGUGAGGAGGACCUGGUGGCCGUGUCCUACAUUGGGGACGAGCUGGACCUGGAGACCGUGGGGGACAUCAUUGCCAUCAUAGAGGAGAAGGUGGACGACUGCCCCGAGGCUCUGGACGCCGCGGCGGUGGAGGCGGCCCUCUCCCUCUGCGAGGACGCCGCGGCCGGCCACGCCCUCUCCGGACCCUGGGAGUCCGCCGACGCCUCUGGCCCCGCCCCCGGCCCCUUAGACCCCGCCCCCAACGCCAUGGACCUGCCCGCAGACUCCCUGGAGCCCUCCUCCGCGCACGCAGACCUGGAGAUGAAGGAGCCGGGAGAGGACGAGGAGGGCGGGGGCAACGGGGGGAUGGUGGAGGGCGUGGCUGGGGCAGGCUCCGCCCCCUCGCCUCCCGUCGCCUCUGACGACGCUCAGAUCGAGGGAGGGGGUGUCCAGGCCCAGAACCAGGGCGUGGCCGACGGGGAGGAGGGAGGGCCUGAUGAAGCCACGCCCACUCCGUCUGUGAAGUGUGAGAGUGAGGAGUGGACCCAGCCCGGCGUGGACCUUCCCUGUGCAGACUCUGAGGACAGCUCCGCCUCGGGGAAAGACUCCAGGGAGGUGAAGGAGGAGGACGGAGGGAGCGACGCGGACGAGGGGAGCGUGUCGGAGAUGAAGGAGAGCGGGGACGGGGAGGGGGAUGGGGAUGGGGAGGGGGAGGGGGACGGGCCUUACCUGUCGGAGCUGGAGCCGCCGGCCAGCGAGAGCGAGGACGGCUUCAGCCUCCCCACCCCCUCCCUGCAGCGCUACGCCACCGCCGACUCCGCCCCCAGCAGCCCCGCCUCCUCGCAGUUCUCAAUGUGCAGUGAGGACCAGGAAGCCAUCCAGGCCCAGAAGAUCUGGAAAAAAGCCAUCAUGCUCGUGUGGCGAGCGGCAGCCAAUCACAGGUAUGCCAGUGUGUUCCUGCAGCCUGUGUCGGACGACAUCGCCCCUGGUUACCACAGCAUUGUGCACAGGCCCAUGGACCUGUCCGUCAUCAAGAAGAACAUCGAGGCGGGGCUGAUCCGCACCACGGCGGAGUUCCAGCGGGACAUCAUGCUGAUGUUCCAGAACGCGGUGAUGUACAACAGCUCGGACCACGACGUGUACCACAUGGCCCUGGAGAUGCAGCGCGACGUGCUGGAGCAGAUCCAGCAGUUCCUGGCCACCCAGCUCAUCAUGCAGACGUCCGAGUCCGGCAUCAGCGCCAAGAGCCUGCGGGGCAGAGAGUCCUCCCGCAAGGACUCCACCGACAAGGACAGUGUCCCCAUGGCCUCUCCUGCUUUCCUUCUCUCUCUCUUUGACUCUCUGUACGGGCAGGAGUUUGAUGAGGGGGCGUGGCUUGCAGAGUAUGAAGACGGCAGCACAGGCAGUGAUUCGGACGUGGGGGCGGGGCCUGCGGGAAGCCCCGCCCACUCAGAGACAGACAGGGAGAGCCCGACGCACGCGGAGGGUGGGAGAUCCGGGGGAGGAGAGGAAGGUAUGGACACAACGGAGGGAGGAGAGGAGAGCGGGAACGAGAGCCCCGCAACGGAGGAGGAGGAGCAGGAGGAGGAGGAGGAGGAGGAGGAGAGGGGGAGAGAGAGUGAGGGAGGGGUGGUGGAGGGGUGCGCGACCCCCGUCAGUCAAGAGGACGGGGUGACGCGGAGCGAGGAGGGACCUGACGCCCACGUGGGCGGGGAGUCGGAGGCGGCUGGAGCAGACCACUGCGCGUCUGAGCAGGGGAGUCCCUACAGCGAGGACAGACCCCCCUGUGCCACAGAGAGUCCAGGAAGGCGAUCCUCCUGCCAGGACUUUCGCAAGCUCCUGCGGGACAUGUGCAACGACAUCGCCGGACACAAGUACGCGGAACUCUUCCUGAGACCCGUCAACGAGAAGUUCGCUCCGCACUACUACUCUGUCGUCAAGAGGCCUGUGGACCUGCAGACUCUGCGCAGGAGCGUGUCCCGGGGCGCGGUGGUCUCCCUGGAGACGCUCAACCACCAGCUGAUGCUCAUGUUCCAGAACGCGCUCAUGUUCAACAGCGCCGACAGCCAGGUGUACCAGGGGGCCCAAGCCAUGCAGAGGGAGGUGCUGCAGCACGUACAGAUGCUGAUAGAUGAGGUUCAGUCACGUGACCAGAGUGGCUCCUCCCCCUGAAGCCAGCCCGGGCUGAGCAGAGCAGAGCAGAAGCCAUUUUCCCUUUUGCACACGUAACUGUCAUUUCUGCUGUCGUGGUGUUCGAUAACAUUGCAACCCAGGUAACACUGCAGAUAUGUAGAUAAAGAAAAUUGUUUUAUUUUUUUAUGCAGAUACCAUGUUCAUUCCGGACACACAUUUGAUUCGAUGUACAAGUCAAAGUUUAAUUAUUAAUAUUUAAUGUUAUUUUGGUUAGUGGACCAUAGUCAAUUUGCCAGUGAGAUUUUAUUUGGGGGAAAAAAUAAACUUUUGAAAGUCUGUGAA